AUGGGGGAGAAAGUCUGUGGUCGGAGCGGCUUCCUGUCUUUAGGCAUGCUUUGGUGGUCCUGCUGCCGCCGACGACACGCAAUGACUCUUGCCACCCAAGACACAGGGGCAAAGCCGACCGCCGGCACGGGUGGCAGCGGCCGCGCUGCAGGCUCUCACUGGAAGUCAGCAGCCUGCGAUGCGAAGCUGAGCCGCCUAAGCAGUCCUUGGAUCACCUACCUGUUCUACUCUCCCACACGUUCCUCCAUCGUCGGCGUGGCCCAACGCGACGAUGUGGAACAUGAUCUCCGGUGGCACAACGGCGCAGCCCCCGAGCGUGAGGCUCCGAUCGAGACGAAGCUGCUCAG